AUGAUCGACACGAGCAAACUACAGUUGCCCUUGUCUGAUACGAAAAAGAAUGUUGUAUUAUUACUUAAUGGAUGUUUUAAUCCAAUACAUAAUAAUCAUAUUGGCCUAUUAGAACUAACCCGAGAACAUUUAAAUUCAUUGGAUAUUUAUCAUGUUACGGGUGGUUAUGUUUCACCAACUCAUGAUGCUGGUAUCGAACGAAAAUUAUCUGUUCUUCCUACAACAUGGCAACAUCGUCUCGAAAUGUGUCGUUUAGCUGUUGAGGAUUCAUCAUGGAUUAUGGUCGAUGGAUGGCAAAUAGCUCAAGAAAAAAAUCAAGGUGCACAACAAGCUAAACAACAUUUAAAUGAUUUCCUAAGGAAAUCUUAUCCUUCCAUUGAAGUUGUAUCUAUUUGUGGUGGGGAUGCUCUACCAAAAUUGAAAUCAUUAUUUAAAAAAGAACUUGUGAUUUCUAUAAUUAAUCGACCAAUAGAUGAUUUCGAUUUUAAUCAAUGGUUUCAAUCAUCGUCGAUGCAACCUUAUCAUAAUAAUAUUAUUGUUCUUCAUGAUAAUAAAUGUAUCAAAACGAUGAGUAGUACGUAUGUUCGUCAACAGAUAAGUAAAAAUCUUUAUGACACUCUGAUUGAUAUUCUUCAUCCAUCGGUAUUUGAUUAUCAUCGUGAACAUGGAAUAAGUUAUCGGCCAGCUAAUGAAACAAUUCUUUGGUCAGAUUUUGAUGAUCAGCCGCCUAUUGAAAUUGGUCAAGGUCGAUGUGCCACAGUUUAUGCUAAGCAAUAUAAAGAUCAACAAGUGGCGGUAAAAGUGAUACGUGAACGUAAACAAUUUGUACAUGAAUCAAAAAUUUUAACAUUAUUAACUGAAGAUUCAUCUCAUCAUAUCAAUGUUGUACGAAUAUUUGGUAUUGGUGAUGAAUUUUGUAUGAUGGAAAAAUGUGAUAUUGAUCUUCUUUCAUAUAUUAAAAUAAAUCGAACAACAAUAAAUCAAACAUUACGAACUAUCUUUCCAAAUCAACAAUGGUUUCAAUUUAUUGAACAGAUGCUUUCUGGUUUUGUUCAUCUUAUUUCACUCGGAAUUCUUCAUCGUGAUAUAAAAACAGAUAAUAUUCUUUUAGUCAAUAUGGUUGUUAAAAUAUCCGAUUUCAGUGUAUCCAUUAAUAAAAAUUCUAUAACAAAAAUGCCACUAAGAGGAUCAAUACGUCAUUAUGCACCAGAAGCUAUUAAUGAUAAAAAUAUUUAUACGGAACAAGCUGAUGUUUAUAUGUUUGGAUGCUUACUCUAUGAAAUAGUUCAUGGUGGAGAACGUAUUUGGAGUGAAAACACUACACAUCAGGUUGUUGAACGACGCUUAAACGGCGAAAAGCCAAUAUUCUCCGUACAAGCCGAACCAUGGUAUAUUGAUAUGGCUGUACAUGAUUGCUGGAUAAUUAAUCCAAAUGAAAGAUCAACGUUUGAGCAAUUACUACAAAAUGUUCGUUUGAAUCACAAUCACAAGAAAGCAUCAGAUGAGAGCUAUGAUGCACCAAUGAAUUACUCCAACAUCGGAAUAACAACAGAGUGA